AUGUCGGUCAUAGACUUGUGCUCCAGCGACGAAGACGAUGAGCCAUCACCACCAAAGUCGGCAUUGAGUAGCUUUGCACCACGUAAGGAGAAAUUCACCGGUACUGGAAGCACGAGCGGUCAAAAUGGCAGCGUUGGGAAGGCCGAUGGACCUCAGCGACCUCAGCAGAGCCAUUCCAACAACGGUACACCACGAGCCCAGCAGGCACAGCCGAAUGUCUUCCUGCCAGCGAGAGCCAAUGGCCACAGUGUGGGCUUCGUAAAUGGAUCCGUCGGGGACAGCAGUUAUAAUGUGUCGCACAUACCACGAGCCAGCGAAGAGACGCGACAGAACAAUUCAAAUGGCGAGAGAAGAGGUUCACACCACAACGGCUCACCAGGAGGAGCUUCGCUGGCUGCACUGCUAGCGGGAGUCGCAGCGAACGACAAUGCUAGCCUCGAACAAUUGCGCUCCAGCAUGGGCAAGCGAGGCUUUGGGUCUCCGCAGGCAGAGCAGCGAAGCAGUGGUGGAAUCGACAAAGAUCAGCGGUACAAAGAUCGCCGGGUGUCACAAGUGCCUGUUAGGGAGAACGCAGUUCAUAAGGCACAACCAAGGAAGUCCGACGCGCAGGUCGUGUUGAAGCAGCCACUUCAGCGAUCUGCUGCAGCUGGCCCAGGUUCUGGCGACACAUCUGGCAGACCAUGGUCAGGUAGCAAUCCAUCCCCCAUUUCAGCUGGGAAGCCGGCAUCAAUACCUCAACGACCGGAUUUUAUACCGCGGGCCAACACUUCCAACGAGGAUUCGUACUCCGGUGCUGGUCUGAUGACCGUAGCCGCAGCGCCUGGAGUUACAGGCGUUCAACAAAACUUCAAACGGACUGUCGCAUCAAUUGACCCUUACCAAGCUAUUGAGGCUGCUAUCAAGCGUCGCAGGACCGACGAUGGUGCCAAUGCGGCUCAGAAGAGUUUCAAAGUUACAGACAUCGACCCAAAGACUCGACCAAGCUCAGUCGACAAGACUGAUCCCUUCGGCGAAAGAGUCUCAUACUCUGACGAGCCGGAUCUGCCUGCCCCUAGGCCAUUCCAACGCACCGUCACGAGCAUCCCACGGUCUGCAGCGGACCUCCCACGAGCUGUUAGCACGGUGGCUAAAUCCUCCUUGGAUAAAGAACUGGAAGCACAAAUUGCCAUUAACGCGGCCACCCUGAGGACGUCUGACUCGGAUCAUAGUUUAUCAACGACCAGAGAUGAUGCCCCAGUGGUGUCCCCCGCCGGGCUCGUCACAGCGGCCACUGGUAAACGCAAUGCACCUUACACGAUUGAGGACCGGAGACUGUUGAAGCGUCUGAAGGAGGUGGAUGGUCUUUCAUGGGACGAGAUUAUCUCCUACUUUCCGGGACGGUCUCUAGGCUCUGUUCAAGUCCAUUACUCUACGAAAGUAAAGGGACAACGACUAGAACCUGCUCAGAACGUUCCUACACGACCUCAAAGGAUCGCUCCUCCUGUGGUCAGACCGACUGUGCCCAAGCAGAACAUCAGAAAACCUUCGCCGGAGCAGCGUGCAGCACCUGUUCGCAAGCGAGGCGCUAGGGUCGGAGGCCCCUCUGCCAUCGAUGGACUUGUCUCCUGGGCCUCUGUACGCAAUGCUGGCCGGGAGAUCAUAGAAUCAGCAGCGACUGCUAUGAAGGACGGCGACAUGUCUCAUCCCAAUUACUUGCUCAAACAAGACCUGAUCCAUCCAAAUUCAGCGUCUCGUGCAUUGCGGAUGCGUGAGCUUGGCCUUACCGGUAUGCGUGCUUGGGGUACAUCGGUGCGAGGGGUUACUGAGGAGCUGAAGAACCACGUCGUGAAGUCUCAUAGCAUCCAGAAGCAAUAUCACGGCACGUCCGGUGACGUUGUGGCAUUGUCAUGGUCGGCCAACGAUGAUCGUUUCGUGGCGGGUUCCAUCGCCAUAUCUGAUGCCACGAGUAUGCAAUACAACAUGUCAAGGAACCUCCUCAUCGGCGAUGCAAAGGGUGGCGAGCUGCGUGAACUUGUGGAACACCAUGUACAUCGCCCACUCGUUGACAACGAGAAGAAUGUGAACGGCCUACACGCGAUGCGAGAGACGCAGGAUCCUAGGCUGUUCCUCACAGUGACGGCUGCUGGUUUCUCUCCAAAGGGCGACAGACUGUACACGGCCGGCACCGACCAACAUCUCAGGAUGUAUGCUACAAAGAAGGAUCUGUCAGGAGUCACCUGCAAGUAUGCAGUCCCGCACACUGCAUCUGUGGACUUGUUGUCCGUGCGCGCUAAUAGCGCGGUGGCUACAGGAUGUCAUGCAGCGUCCAGUUGUGUCAAAGUCUUCAACUGCUCCAGAUGGGAUUUCAGCGAACGCAUAUCAUUCUCGCCAUCGCGCAGCAACUUGGAUGUCUCGGUGCCGAUCUACCCUUCUGCUCUGAAAUGGGGACAAGCACAUCACCACAGCAAUUACCUCUUAGCAGGCUUUGCGGGCGAUGAGGAAAAGGCCCACGCCGGUGAAACUUGUCUGUGGGACGUGACGACAGGUCAGUCGGUGGAUCUGCGAACAGCUACCCGCAACGUCUUCGAUGUGGCCUGGAAUCCAUUCCCAAGUUCUGCUUCGGUCGCUUUCGCUGUGGCCGCUUUGUCGACUGGAACUCAAGUUAGCAAAGGAACCCGAGGCGUAGUGCAUCUGUUUGCACCUAACCAACAGUAUGCGAGGAGGGUGAAGACGCUCGAGUGCAGAGCACGUGAUCUCAAUGAUGUUGUGUUCUGUCCGCACGAUGAUAAACUGGUGGCUACUGGAUCUGCAGAUGGAACAGUCUACAUCUGGGAUCUACGAGCAUCGGUGGACGUACCAUUGCAUACUUUGAAUCAUGGCAGUUCCGUGCUCGUGGAGGACUCUCCUGAUACUGGCGUUCGGUUCCUCUCGUGGGGUGCUACUGCCAGCCGACUCUACUCUGGUUCGUCAGACGGCAUCGUGAAGGUAUGGAACCCAUACCGUUCAUCAGACAACACCCACAUUGAAGACAUCGCGGCUCCUUCGCACCAACGUUCUGCUGUUAUGUCGGCGGCUUUCAACUCCGACUACCGAGAACUGCUGGUGGGCACGGAGAAUGGCCGUAUCGAUCUCUUCAGUAUCGGUGGCCAGACCAGAGCUAAGCCGCAGCAUUUCAAGCUCCACACUGCACCUCCACCUAGACAAAAGCGACAGGAGCCGUUUGAAGCUGCUCGCUCACUGUUGGCGACCGGACAGAUCGAGCUACGGCCUUGUGGCUCGAUGCCGUUUCGGCAGGCAGUGCAGGGGCCAAACUACAGUGGACCUUUUCUGGCGCCACCUGCGGACGAGACAAUGCAGGCGGAGGCGACGUACCAAGAUGCUCUGACCGCACAACACGAAGCAAGCAUGAAGUCAGCCGCCCGAAUGGCCGAUCCAGGUGACGAUGAGGAUCUUUUGAAAGCUAGCAAGAAAGUCCACGAAGCUCAGAGGACCAUUGACGAUCUCCAAGAGCGGCUUGAGCAUUUCACCUUUGCACAACCGAAAGCCGAGCAGUUCCAACGUUCCUUACUGAGAGCAGAGGAAGCGCACAACGUGUUGACGGCCCUAGCCCACGAUACUGCUCCAUGCAGUCUUGAGUGCAAUUUCCUGCCCUCCGCGGAUGAACGCGAAGAUUCUGGUCGCUCAGAGCUUCGCAUUCCUGGUACACUCCGCGCCAUGGACCUCAACGCGGCUCGUGCCAAGGACGAAGAGCUAGAUGAUGCUUGUGCAAUGUGUUUUCCAAGAAAUGUCCUCGUCAUGAACAAGCAUCCGGUGCGAAUCCACUGCGCCUCCUGCUCGUUGAAGAGAGCCAACUUGAAUACAACAUGCAGUCGAUGCUCUGCGCCAGCUCGCGCGGAGAUUGACAAGACGAAGCCCACGCUGUGUGAGCGAUGCUCCUUUCCUUGCUUCCGAUGUGGUCAGACAGCGAAUCUUGAGACCAAUCCAGAUGGCGUGAACGUCGUCACGUGUCCGCACUGUGCUCUUGUUUGGGAGGCAGAUGUUCUGGGCUACAAGCUUGUCUCAUCGACUGGUAGAGGGCAAAUACGGCGUCGCUUGUCACCUGAGGGCUUUCCUGAUAGAAUUGGCAGGCACUGGGAUGGUUUCGCAGAUGAUGAGCGUGAGCAUUAUGCUUCCUUGUGGGAGGAAACACCACAGGAUCAGUGGCUGUAG